AAUAACAAACAAAGAUGGCGGCCCCCACGGUGAUAGCGGGCGUACGAGCUGUGAAAAAAGCCAGACAAAUCAUUUCACCGAGAGCUGCUUUGGUGCUGACCCCUGCAGCAGUAAACCGGAUAAAACAACUACUUAGUGACAAACCUGAAUUUAUUGGUUUAAAAAUUGGGGUGAAGAGCCGGGGUUGUAGUGGUCUCUCCUACACUAUUGAAUAUGCCAAGGAGAAGGGGAAGUUUGAGGAAGAAGUCAAACAAGAUGGUGUUCGAGUGAUUAUUGAUCAGAAGGCCCAGCUGACCCUCUUGGGGACAGAAAUGGAUUUCCUGGACUCAAAACUCUCUAGCGAAUUUGUUUUCAACAACCCCAACGUAAAAGGGACAUGUGGUUGUGGAGAAAGCUUCACAGUCUGAGACUUGAAUGACUGAAGCUUUAGCACAGGGAGUGAUAGGGUACCAGGAAUAAACUGUUUCAAUGUGGCAUCUAUUGUACGGUGGAAUUUAAGGAAGCAGUCAAAGGUCAGAAAUAUCUUCAGUGGAAUAAUUUGGGUGGAGGGAGUGAUCAUUUUGCUCAGGUCAGAUUCUGAGGACUUGGCUAUACCUUCUUUAACUAGCUUCAAUACGUUUUUCAGUUUCUAUUUUUACAUGCACAAGCAGUCAAUGCUUUUGAAUCUGAAAAUAAAUGUGCAGCUUUGAUAUGCAAAACUCUGGUUAGAAGUCAAAGCUUCUCAACCUAUUCAGUUGAAUCUGAUUAAACACCAACCAGAUUACUGCUCCAGACUGGUUUACAUGCAGAAUAUAUAGAGUCUUUGGGAGUUGAUUCCUCAUAAAGGCAGCUUAAUUCAGAUUAGAUUGUACAUGUAAACUGGGCAGUUGUCUCCCGGGGUCAAUUGCACUGAACUAGAGAUCAUCUCGUAGUUAGUACAGAGGACAGGGCCAUCAGUAGCCUCCAAGAUAUAACUAAUACUAGCUAGUAUGCUGUUUAGCCCCUAGAUCCGUACUAAAUUCAAUAAGUGCAUUGCAAUUGACCCCCUGAGUUUAUUAUGGAGUUUGAUUGUUCUGCUCAUUAUUACUGUCUCCACAUCAGCACUGCCUGCUUGGCAUAGCCCUCUCCUCCCUCCUGAAUAUACAUAUGAUACAGCUGAUGAUCUGUCAGAAUAAAUCAAAUAUAACGAGUAGAAUAUAUAGGGAUUCAUAUAAAAAGAGAUAUUUUAUUAAACUGUCAUAUUUAAAUCUAACAUAAUGAUAUAUAGACUUCAUGCACUUUCAUUGUAUACUGUAGUUAUUCCAUGAACGAGGGUGGGCUAGUGAGUGGAUUGAUUAUUCCAUUAAAUAGUGGAUAUAUUAUGUGUUCAUGGAGUACUGUAGUUAGUCCACCAAUAAAGGUUAAAAAAAAAAAAAAACCCACAGCACUCCAUGAAUGUUAAUGAAUUAUUCUGUUAUAUUAUACACUGUAAGGAAAGGGAAGUAGGUUUAACCCUAAAUUAAACAGUUGAAUUCAAGGUCUUACAUUAUAUAAGUUUCCCGUCUGCUUUGAAACCCAGCGUGAUUCACAUGGUCAUUUUGUCUUUGGAUUUGAAUGAAUGAGACUUUAAACUACACUGAACAAAAAUAUAAAACGCAACAUGUAAAGUGCUGGUCACAUGUUUCGUGAACUGAAAUAAGAUCCCAGAAAUUUUCCAUACGCACAAAAAGCUUAUUUCUCUAAAAUUUUGUGCACAAAUUUGUUUAC